CACAACACCAGCAGAUUGCAAGCGUCGCACAACAGCAAGCAAGCAAGCAAAUCAGACAGAAGCAAGAAGAAAGAAAAGCAGUGUGAGUGAAGAGUUUCUUGUGGACUGGAUGUGAAUGAGAGGACAGCUGCAGCACACACAGCUCUCUGACAAGGCCAACUUCCGCAACAGCGACAGCAACAACAAAAGCAACAAAAGCUGAAACAGUGCAGUACCUUCUUCUGCUACUUUGUGAACCGCUCUUCAAAGCCGGUUUGUGCCUCGCGUGCGCACACCCGCACACGCACAUCUGCACACACACACACACACAUCCGCACACGCACACCCGUGUUCAGCUGCGCAGGAGACCAGCUCAAGGGGCAAGAUGCAGUUAUUCAUUGCAGCGUUCAACCUGAGCGCUGCGCUGCUGGCCUCGAUUGCCUUUCACAUGAACACGUGGAACACGGCCCUGUCUGUCGUGAUGGCGCUCGUGUUCUCCGAGAUUGUGAGCCAGAAUGCCCAGUUCUACGCGCGCCUGCUGUUCCACAGCAUGCUCUACGUCUUCUUCAGGGAGAUUGACACGCGCAACGCCCACUGCAUCCCAAAGUCAGGGCCCGUCGUCUUCGUGUGCGGCCCGCACGCGAGCCAGUUUGUGGACCCCAUCCUGAUCAUCACCCACACGCCGCGCGACCUGCGUUUCCUCAUUGCCGCCAAGAGCGUCAAGCGCUGGUUCGUCGGCUUCAUGGCCCGCCUCAUCAACAGCAUCCCCGUGCAGCGACCGCAGGACGCAGCCGUGCGCGGCAAGGGCACGGUCACGGGCUCCUCCACCCUGAUUGUCGGCCACGGCACGACGUUCACCAAGGACUUUCAGGUCACCGACAGCAUUUUCGUUGCCGGCGAGGCAUACCGCAUCGAGAAGAUUGUGUCCGACACGCGCCUCGUCCUCAAGCGCCCGCUGACACGUGCGCUGCCCGUGCGCGCCAAGUUCAAGAUCUUCCCGCGCAUCGACCACUCUGUUGCGUACCAGCUGGUGUACCAGGCAUUCCACAACAACGAGUGCGUGGCCAUCUUCCCCGAGGGCGGGUCGCACGACCGACCGGAGCUGCUGCCGCUCAAAGCCGGCGCGGCCGUCAUGGCGCUCGGGGCAAUGGCAGACAACUGCAAGCCCAUCAAGGUCGUGCCCGUGGGGCUCAACUACUUCCACGGCCACCGCUUCCGCUCGCGCGCGCUGGUUGACUUUGGGCGGCCGAUUGAGGUUGAGCCGCACCUGGUGGAGGAGUACAAGGCCGGUGGGGAGCGGCGACGCACCGCCAUUGCCACGCUCAUGUCGACCAUCACGGAGGCCCUCAACUCGGUGACCAUCACCGCGCCAGACUACGACGAGCUGCGGCUGCUGUGGGCGAUCCGCCGCCUGUACAAGCCGGAGCACGUGGUGCUCACGCUGGAGCAGACGCAGCAGCUUACGCUUCGCUUUGCGGACCUGAAGGAGGUGAUGGGGGAGGAGCCACGCUUCAUGCGGCUGCUGGAGCGCGUGUCUGCGUACAACAAGCAGCUGGAAAGCUACGGUCUGCGCGAUCACCAGGUCAAGCGCACCGUCCUCAAGACAGAGACAGUCAUCUCCAUGCUCUUGUGGCGUGCGGUGUUGUUUGUGGUGGAGCUGCUUGCCCUGCUCCCUUUUAUGGUGCUUGGCCUGCCCAUCCUGUUUGCGUGCCGCCUCGUCUCGGAGAGCAAGGCCCGCGCUGCGGUGGCGGGCUCGAGCGUGAAGCUUGUUGGCCGCGACGUCAAGGCAACGUGGAAGAUCCUCACAGCAACAGCCAUCAUCCCCAUCUACUUUAUCCUCUACAUUGUGCUUGCGGGCGUGCUGUUCUCGUGGCGUGCGGCACUGGGCACGUUUGUGUGCCUGCCCAUGCUCAUGCUGGUGAGCCUGCGCAUAUGGGACCACUUUCUGCGCGUGUCCCGCUCGUUCUCGCCACUGCUUGUCGCCGUGUUCCACCGCAACGCUGGCCGGCAGCUGCUGCAGACGCGGCGCGAGCUCAAGCACGAGAUUCGUGAGGUUGUGCGCGAGUGCGCCGACAAGUUGCGCCGGCCACGCAUGUUCACGGAGGCCGACUUUGCUGGCGAGAGCGACACGGAUGAAGGCGAGGAGCCCUGUGAAUCAUCCGGAUAAUCGUGUGGUGUGUAAUGGUGUGUGCGUGUGUGUGUUUGUUUGUGUGGUGUGUAAUCGCUCGCGCGCGCGUGUGUGUUUGGCACCAAUCAAGCACCUGUACAUUUCUCCUUUUCUUCUUCUCUUCAUGCUGUUCUGGUGUGUCUUGGUAGAACUGCGUAUGUCUGUCCGUCCAAUGUGGCGUAACCAGAGCAUCGUGCUCGAAUGUGAAUGUGUGUAUGUGUUGAUGAUGAUGACGAUGACAUUCCUUUUUUUUUUUUCAGACGAAGUAACAAACUUGCGCUUUUCCUGUGCUUUGUCAUUUGUGGUCAAGUACACGCAAAGCAAACAACCAAAUGGACGCAAG